CACUGAGAACCCCAAUCAUCUGAAAUCACCGUGCUUUCUCUCAAAUUUGAAAAUUGCAGACCUUGUUUGAGAUUUUAAUGUUUGAAUUCGACAAGAUAUGAUCCUCUCGGCGCUACUAACCUCAGUGGGAAUCAAUCUGGGCCUGUGCUUGCUCUUCUUCACACUCUACUCUAUUCUCCGGAAGCAGCCCAGCAACGCCAAGGUCUACGCGCCACGCUCCGUCGCCGCGAAGGAGAAGGACGCGCCGACGGAAUCAAAUGCCUUCAAUUUCGAAAGACUGCUGCCCACGGCGGGCUGGGUCACACGCGCUUGGCACCCUUCCGAGGAUCAGCUCCUGUCUGUCACCAGCUUGGACGCCGUGGUGUUCAUGCGCAUUUUCGUCUUCAGUUUGAAGGUGUUUGGGUUUGGUGCGGUUAUUGGGGUUGUUGUACUGCUGCCAAUCAAUUUCUUUGGGAGCCAGCUGGCGGCGGACUUUUCGGAUUUCGGCAACAAGUCUUUGGACUCGUUUAGCAUUUCCAAUGUUGAUGAUGGCUCUAACUGGUUAUGGGUUCAUUUUUGUGCGGCAUAUAUAUUCACUGCAAUCGUCUGCUAUCUUCUUUACAAUGAGUAUAGUUAUAUCUCAGCAAGAAGAAUUGCUCACUUCUAUUCAUCCAAACCUCAGCCUAAUCAGUUCACAAUAUUGGUUCGUGGUAUUCCUGUCCCAUCUGGGAGUGGUUGCAGUGACACUGUUGACAAAUUCUUUUCAGAAUAUUACUCUUCUACUUAUCUUUCGCACACAGUGGUUCGUCGGACCAGUAAACUCGAACGUCUCACGAGGGAUGCAGAUAAAGUAUACAGAACACUUGCUCGUCUAGAGUCAGAAAAGGAGCCGCAGAAAAGAUUUGAACGUGAUGGGAUUUUUGGAAGCAAAGUUGAUGGUUUGGAUCACUAUGGAAAGAAGCUGGAUGACUUAGAAGAUAGUGUUAGAAUAGAGCAAUCAUCGUUGGCAGGAAAGGAAGUUCGAGCUGCCUUUGUGUCAUUUAAGUCCCGGCUUGCUGCUGCAGUAGCCUUACACAUUCAACAAGGAACAAAUCCCACAGAGUGGGUCACAGAGAGUGCCCCGGAGCCUCGAGAUGUUCAUUGGCCCUUCUUUUCCUCAUCCUUUAUAAAAAGAUGGGUUUCCAAGCUGGUGGUGGUGAUUGCAUAUGUUGCUGUUACAAUUCUAUUCCUCAUUCCAGUUGCAAUUGUGCAAGGCCUUGCUAAUCUUGAACAGUUGGAAACCUGGUUUCCUUUUCUUACAAGCAUACUGAAUUUAACAAUUGUCAGUCAAGUCAUAACUGGAUAUCUUCCGAGUCUUAUUCUUCAGUGGUCCCUUUCUUUUGUGCCACCCAUCAUGAUAGUGUUGUCGUCUGUGGAAGGAUACAUCUCUUUCAGUCAAAUACAAAAAGGUGGAUGCAAGAAGAUGUUGUGGUUUACUAUAUGGAACAUUUUCUUUGCAAAUGUAUUAUCAGGAACAGCUCUCUAUCGAGUCAAUAUCCUUCUUGAGCCCAAAAAGAUUCCUGGGCUACUUGCUGAUGCUGUUCCGGCACAGGCAUCAUUCUUCAUUGCAUAUGUUGUGACAUCUGGAUGGACCAGUGUAUCAUCAGAACUCUUCCGCAUGAUUCCCCUGAUUUUCAGUAUUAUAAAAAGACUAUUUUCAGGAAAAGAUAGUGAUGAAUUUGAGGUUCCUUCAAUUUCAUACCACAGUGAAAUUCCUAGGAUUCUGUUUUUUGGAGUCCUUGGAGUAACUUACUUCUUACUGGCUCCAUUAAUUCUACCUUUCCUUCUGGUUUACUGUUGUAUGGGAUACCUAAUCUACCGCAAUCAGCUAUUGAAUGUAUAUGCACCCAAGUAUGAAACUGGCGGAACAUUUUGGCCUAUAGUUCACAAUUCGACAAUAUUUUCCUUGGUACUGAUGCACAUAAUUGGAAUUGGGAUAUUCGGGAUUAAAAAGCUUGCAUUAGCUUCUAGUUUUAUGAUUCCUCUCCCAAUUCUCACUCUUCUUUUCAAUGGGUUCUGUCGCAACCGAUUUCUACCAAUAUUCAAAUCAUAUCCUGUUGAGUGUUUGGCAAAGAAAGACAAAGAAGACCAGAGUGAUUCUUCAAUGGGUGCAUUUUAUGAUAAAUUAUGCUCUGCAUAUGAGGAUCCAGCUAUGAUGCCAAUCCGACGUCGAAGAAGCACAGAUGGUCACAACUCUCCACUACUUCCCGCUGAAGUCUGAACACUUUUACAGGAUUUCAUUAGAGAAACUGAGAAAGAGACUUUGGCUUAGUUUUCGUAUCUCCACGUGGAGCAACAAGAGCUUUUUGACAUUUCCUCUUAGGUUCAUGAAAUUCUGGUUUACUCUGAUGCAAUCAGAGCUCGACCUUUUCAUGCAAACAUCACACUUAGCUUUCAGCAUCAGCAAAAAGUGCGCCAGUCUAAGUUUCUUCAUAAAAAAAAUGCAGAAAAAAUGAAGAAGAUGUUCAUAUUGAUGGUGUGUUAUGUUAUUUUCUAGGCCAGACCGUUAUUCAUAUUGUAAGUUUGUGGUUAAGAGUCUCUUAUCUAUAUAUCAAUGUUUUAAUGGUGAGCUCCAAAGUGGCGUAAGAUUGAUUGAACUAGUGUGAACCUAUGGAGAUUCGCUUCUAGGACUUUGUUUUAUUUGUGGCACAGUACAGCCCCAGAUUUGGUGCCCCAUUUACCUUUGGUUUUCCUUCUUGUA